AUGCAGCAGCCCGGCUACCCGCAGGGCCAGUAUGGCGGCCAGCCGCAGCAGUACGGCCAACCGCAGCAGUACGAUCCGCAGUAUGCUCAGCAGCAGCAGCAGUACGGUCAGCCGCAGCAGUACGAUCCGCAGUACGCGCAGCAGCAGCAGCAGUAUGGCCAGCCUCAGGCGCAGUAUGGCCAGCCGCAGGCCCAGUACGGCCAACCCCAAGGCCAGUAUGGGCAAAACUACGGUGGCCAGCCCUCAAUGGACCAGAGCUCGCAGCACGCGGUCGUGGCCCCGCCCGUGUGGGACUUUGAGGCCAACGAGGCCAAGGACGGUGUGCGUUUCUCGUGGAACAACUGGCCCGUGAAUGCGCUCGAGCAAACGCGCUGCGUGGUACCGAUGGGGUGCGUCUUCCAGCCGCUCAAGCCGAUCGAAGGCAUGCCGGACGCCGUCGAGUACGACCCGAUCCAGUGCAAGGGCUGUGCGGCGAUCCUCAACCCGUUUGCGCAGGUCGACUUUAUGUCCAAGCUGUGGGUGUGCCCGUUCUGCAUUACGCGCAACCACUUUCCGCCGCACUACGCCGAGCACAUCUCGGAGGCCAACUUGCCCGCGGAGCUCAUUCCGUCCUUCUCGACGCUCGAGUACGAGCUGCCGCAGCGCGUGGCCGGGCCGCCGAUCUUUAUCUUUUGCAUUGACACGUGCCUCGCCGAAGAAGAGCUCGACGAGCUCAAGGACUCGAUCCAGCAGACGCUCAACUUGCUUCCGGACGAAGCGCUCGUCGGUCUUGUGACGUACGGUACCAUGGUGCACGUCCACGAGCUCGGGUUUACCGAGUGCCCCAAGUCGCACGUCUUCCGUGGCAACAAGGACUUUACGACGCAGCAGGUCCAGGACUUUCUCGGGCUCGCGUCGACGCGGCACCCGGGCCAAGGCGGCCAGCCCGCGACGGUCCAGGCGCCGGCGUCGUCCCGGUUCCUCCUCCCCGUGCUCGAGUGCGGCUUUACGCUCGAGUCGAUCCUCGAAGACCUCCAGCGCGACCCGUGGCCGGUCAACGCGGGCCACCGCCCGCAGCGCGCGACGGGCGUCGCCAUGUCGGUGACCGUCGGCCUCCUCGAAGCGACGCAUCGUGGCCAGGGCGCGCGCAUCAUGAUGUUUGUGGGCGGCCCCGCGACGACAGGUCCUGGCGCGAUCGUCAACCGCGAGCGGUCCGAGGACAUUCGGUCGCACACCGACAUCCAGAAGGGCAAUGCGCCGCUGUCGGCCAAGGCGAUUGAGCACUACACGGCCUUGGCCGAGCGCUGCGUCUCGAACGCGCACGUGGUCGACAUCUUCGCGUGCUCGCUCGACCAGAGUGGCGUCAUGGAGAUGCGCGUCUGUGUCGCCAAGACGGGCGGUGUCAUUGUGCUCGCCGACUCGUUUGGCCAAAGUGUCUUUAAAGAGAGCUUCCGGCGCAUGUUUUCGCGCUUCUCGGAGGAGGCGGCCGAGUGCGACCAGAACCACCUGACGAUGGCGUUUGCGGCCUCGCUCGAGGUGCUCACGUCGCGCGAGUUCAAGGUCUCGGGUGCGAUUGGGCCGUGCGCAGCGCUCAAGAAGACCAACAAUGCGCUGCCCGCCAAGAACAUUAGCGAGACGGAAAUUGGCGUCGGCGGCACCAACAUGUGGAGCCUCGGCGCGCUGGACCCGCAGAUGGCGAUCGCCAUCUACUUUGACGUGACCAACCCCGCGACGUCGACGCUGCACCCGGGCAAGGGCCGGUACAUUCAGUUUAUCACGCGCUACCAGCACGCGAGCGGUCGGUUCCGCACGCGCGUGACGACGAUCUGUGGCCCGUGGUCGGUGGACCCGGAAGACAUUGAGUCGCUCAAGCGCGGCUUUGACCAGGAAGCCGCGGCCGUGCUCAUGACGCGCAUCGCGGUGCACCGGUCGGAGCGCGGCGAUGAGACGAACGACAUUAUGCGCUGGAUCGAUCGGUCGCUCAUCCGGCUCGGCGCGCGCUUUGCCGACUACCGCAAGGACGACCCGUCGAGCUUUCGCCUCUCGCGCGAGUUUUCCAUCUACCCGCAGUUUAUGUUUCACUUGCGCCGGUCCCAGUUCCUCCAAGUGUUUGGCUACUCGCCCGACGAGAGCGCGACGUACCGACACUGCCUCAUGCGCGAGUGCACGACCAACUCGCUCGUCAUGAUCCAGCCCUCGCUGCUCUCGUACUCGUUCAACGGGCCGCCCGCGCCCGCGCUCCUCGACUCGGCGUCGGUGCGCGCCGACACGAUUCUGCUCCUCGACUCGUUCUUUUACGUGGUCGUCUUCCACGGCGAGACGAUUGCGUCGUGGCGGGAUCAAAAGUUCCACGAGCACGCCGAGCACAUCAAUUUCAAGAACCUCUUGGAAGCGCCGCAAGCCGACGCGCAGCUCAUUAUGGACUCGCGGUUCCCUGUCCCGCGCUACAUUGUGUGCGACCAGCACAAGAGUCAAUCGCGCUUCCUUAUGGCCAAGCUCAACCCGUCCAACUCGCACACGCAGGGCGACGGCCAAGGCGAAGUCAUCUUCACGGACGACGUGAGCCUCAAGGUCUUUAUGGAGCACCUCAUGAAGUUUGCGGUCCAGAGCACGUAAAUACACGGUCUUUGUAAUGCUACCCUAUUCCCGCCC